AAUUUCCAUGGGAACCGUUUACAUCACGGAAGAGCGGGAGCAGAAGUUUGUAAAGUCAUUUUUAACAAACUUUAAAACGAACUUCAUCGAUUAAGAUAUAUGCUUAUCCCGUAGCAGUUUGGCCAUGCAGGCGGCUGGGGCCGGUGCACUGGGGGACCUGGAGGCCCAGCUGGCCAGUAAGGAGAGGGAGUGGAAGGAGCUGCAGUGUCUGCGGGUCCAGCAGCUGGAGGCCUCCCUCAGAGAGGCCCAGGAGGAGCUCUCCUCCCUCAGGAAGCGCUUCCAGCAGCUAAGGGAGGAUUUCCGAUUCAAUUUGGCAGUCUUGGAAGAGAGAGACCGAGAGUUGGAGAGAUAUGAUGCAGUGACAGCCAGGGCGCUGACUGUAGAGAACAACAGACAGGAGGAGCUGAGCCAGCUUCGUGUUCAGGUUGCCACAUUGGAGGAGCAGAGAGCCCGGGAGGCCAAGGAGAGGGAGGAGGAGCUAAGAGUCAACCAGCAGCGAGCUGCCCAGCACAGGCUGCAGCUGGAGGAGCUUCAGAGCUCUAUGGCUGGUGACAUUCAAAAGCAAAGGGAAGAGUUUGAAAGGAUGAAAUGGGAUCUGCAGCGCCGCACACGAGAGGUGGAAGGAGAGCUGGCUCUGCAAAGACAGGAAAUGACUGCAGACUUUGACAAGGAGCUCAGACUCCGGGAACAUGAGUUCAACCUGAAAAUGGAUGAGAUGCGAGCGGUGGUGCUGUCUCAUGAACUGAAGGUGAAGCUGCUGAGUAAAGAGACGCAGGUCCACUCUCAGGCCCAGCUUCAGGCUGAGGAGGCUCUCAAGGCGUCAGAGGAGCUCUGUCAGCAGCUACAAAGCCAGCUCCAACACAGAGUCUGGGAGAUCAAAGACCUCACUGCUGUCAAGGACAACAGAAUAAAGGAGCUUGAGGACAAGCUGAAAAGGAUGGAAACCAAACUGAAGAAGGACGAGGAUAACCACAUUAAAAAACACGAGUAUCUGGACCGGGCCAUGAGGGAGCGUGAUGCCCAGCUGGAGGCUCAGCGGCAGGCCCACACUGAGCAGCUGCAGCGGUCAGAGGAACAAAUGGUGAAGCUACAGGAAGACAGUGAGGUUAUGGCUGCACAGGCACGCCGGGCCCAGAAAGACCAUGAGGAAGCCCUGGAACAGAGAGAUGACACCAUACAUAGGCUUCGCACAGAGUUGGAGACGACACGGGCUAGCUGGGACAAGUACAUCAGUCAGGCCUCCAAAGAGACGGUUGCCAGGGAUACGGAGAUGUUGGCCCUGCAGGAGAGAGAGGCCAAACAGAAAUUGAAGCUGGAGAGCAGCAGGGAGGAGAUGGAGAGAUAUAAGCAGCAGCUGAGUGCAGGUUUGGAGAGAGAGAAGGCUUUAGAGCAGAUGAGAGUCCAAACGGAGCUGGAGUGGCAAAGGCGCUGUGAGGACUCAAAGGCUGAACACUACCUGGCCAGUGAGCAGUUAAUCCAAGGCUUAACCCAGGCUAGAGACCAGGCUGAGGCAGAGUUGAGGGAGCGAGAUCGAGAGCUGCAGGACUUGACCGUCUUACUGCGUUCUGUUACCAAGGAGAGAGACCAGGCACUACAGGGUUUCAGCCCAAACGUGGGUGAUCUGGUGUCGGAGGAGCUCCGUCGUCUGCAGCAGCAGAACAGCAGUCUGAGGGCUGUGGUGGCCCAGAUGAGGAAGGACAUGGAGGGUGUCAGCCAGCUCCCACACCCACCCCAACCACAGGCCUCUCCUCCUCAGCCUCCAGGAGCUGCUGCCACCUCCACCACCUCACCUGCUAGCAACGCACAGAUGACUACAGCACCAUCAGCCCAGCCCGCUGCCAGCUCCUCUAAACCCAGCCCAACAGCUACUGUCACAGCUGAAUACACCCAAGCUCUGGAGCAGGAGGUGGUGCAGUUAAAGGCUCGGUGCAGGCACCUGGAAGGGCAGCUAGAGGGCACCACAGGACUGCUCAACCCCACUAUAGCUACAGACAAACCUUCAGAGGCCCUGGCCCCUGUGGCUCCAGACAACGGCUACCUGCGGAACCACAUCCGAUCACUCAACGAAACUAUUGGGGGUCUACGCAUGGAGAAAGUUGCCAACACCGCCGCAUUUAAGAAGCAGGAGGUCAGAGUGGCACAUCUGGAGACUGCCCUCACCAGCCUCACACAACAGUGCCAUACCAAGCAAGUGGAGGCCGAGGAGCUACGUCUGGAACUAGCCAAUCAGAGGAGGAGGUGGGCAUCUGAGGAGGCGGGUCUUCGUCAGCGAUUAGCCACAGUGGAGAUGGAGCUGGAAGAAGUGAGGAGAGAAAAGGAAGAAUAUCAGAAAGGAAACGUCCUCAACAACCUGGAGACUGUUGCUCUGGGCAACCAGGUUUCUGCACUGAAAAUAGACAUUGCCAGCAGGCGGGAGCCCAUUGUAUGUGAACAGAGUGAGAUGGUCCGCCAGCUCCAGGAGGAGAACCUGUAUUUACGGCAGCAACAGCAGCUGGCCUUUGGCCUGAAGUCUGGAGGUGCGCUGGAGGACUAUCAGGGCGGUAAACCCAACGCUCCUCUCCUGCAGACCAAACUGAAGCAGGCUGCUCAUGUUAUUGCCCGGCUGAGCAGAGAGAAGCAGCAGCUGAUAGAGAUGGGCAACCGCCUCCGUGCACAGAUCACUGCUGCUGGACUCCAGGUUUCCCAGUCCUCUGUCAGACCGAAAGAGUCGAUGGAGCCAGAGAGAGACUCCUCCAGAGAGACACAAGGGGACCAACAUGGCCGUCUCUCUGCUCUGGAACAGCUUCAGUACCGGCUAACCUCACAGGAGCUGCAGUACGCUCAGAGGCAAGGGGCUUCGAUUGUGCUUCAGCCACUCCUCUCUGAACCUGACAGCAGAGAUCGGGGCAAAAACAGGACUGCCAACCCUUGGGCCCAGGGCCACCAAGACACAGCCAAGCCUGAGCACCCAAGCAGCAAAGAGAGUGCUCCUUCUGCGCUCAGCCAAUCACAGAGCUCGUUUCAUCCAGACAUGGCUUCAGUACCCCCCUCCAGCCCAUCUGGACCCUUGCUGUCAUCAGUGGCAUCGGAGGGGUCACUGAGGGAGGUCUGGAAGAUGCUGGACCGAGGCCUCAGUCCGUCAGUGCUCACUGAAGGUGAAGAGGAGCUGAGUAGGAGGGACUUGGCUGAGCCCAGCAGUCUUGGAGUCCAGGUGAGGGUUCAGGGUGUGAAGAUCCAGAGCCAGGAGAGGAGGAAGCCCACCAGAAUGCCCUCACACCCCACCAAGCUCGGCAAGCCUGGAGGCCCUGGCAGGGUCAGCAAGAUCAGAAACUACAACAUCAAAGACUGAAGGCUGGAUGAUGCACACACAGAUGCAAGGCCCUUUGUCUGCACCAGUGAAGUGGUGGACGGGUGAAUGUUGGAUGGGGGGAUGGAGUUUGGAUGCAUGGAUGAAUUCAGUCUUCUUGCAUCACUGAACUGGUGCCAGUUUCUUGGUCUCAGACAGUCUCUUUCUUUUGGCAGAGAGCACAUGGCGUGUCCUCGCUGCAUACAGAAACAGUCUGGUGCACUAGCUUGGCACUAGCUUUUUUUUUUUUUUUUUUGUAAAGUCUAGCACACUCCCAGGGAUGGAGUGGCCAUUAACAAGGUGAAAUCCAGCAGCAAGCACCUACCAAAAUGAACUGAAAUCACAUAUUCAGAAAAGCAUUUUUUUACUGUAGCUACACUCCUUUUUACAUUUUUAAUGAAUUUACCUCAUAAAAGUCUUUUACCUCAUAAAACAACUUUGACAAUAAAUAUGUUAUUCAGUGGAAUUCCAGUGGGUCUACCAUCCACUACAUCCUUGCACAUUUAUGUCUGAGGAAGUAGCAGAUUGUUACAUCUGCAUGCUUUUGUCCAUAUACUAAUAUGACUGAGGAGAGAGCAAUCUCCAAACAAUAGGCUGUGAAACUGACUUUUUAUUACACAAAUAAAUGUAUUUUCUAUAUUAA